AUGGAAAAAGAAAAUUCUUCCCUAGUGACUGAGUUUAUCCUGAUAGGACUGACAGACCUGUCAGAGCUCCAGCUACCCCUCUUAUUCCUAUUCCUGGGAAUUUAUGUGUUCACCGUUGUGGGGAAUCUGGGCAUGAUUACACUUAUUGGGUUAAGUUCUCAUCUUCACAAUCCCAUGUAUUAUUUCCUCUGUAAUUUGUCCUUCAUUGAUCUCUGUCAAUCAACUGUCAUCAUUCCCAAAAUGCUUGGGAACUUUUCAUCAGAGAAGAAUACCAUCUCCUACCCUGAGUGCAUUACUCAGUUCUAUAUUUUUGCCUUUCUUACCAUUUCUGAAUGUCACAUGUUGGCCGUGAUGGCAUAUGAUCGCUAUGUUGCUAUUUCCAAUCCCCUUCUUUAUAAUGUUCUCAUGUCCAAUAAGAUGUGCUCAUUAUUGGUGGCUGGAGUUUAUGCACUGGGCCUGGUCGGGGCCACAUCUCACACAGGCUGCUUGCUGAAGGUGUUCUUCUGUGAGGAAAAUGCCAUCAAUCAUUACUUUUGUGACCUCCUUCCACUCUUGAAGCUCUCUUGUUCUAGCACUUAUGUCAAUGAAGUGAUGGCUCUGGCUCUGAGUACAUUUAAUAUCCUUUUCCCAACACUAACCAUUAUUUGCUCUUAUAUUUUCAUCAUUGUUAGCAUUCUAAAAAUUCAAUCCAAUGAAGGAAGGUCCAAAGCCUUCAGCACCUGCAGUUCCCAUAUUGCAGCAGUUGGUGUCUUCUUUGGCUCUCUUGCAUUCAUGUAUCUGCAGCCAUCUUCAGUGAGUUCCAUGGAUCAAGGGAAAGUGUCUUCUGUGUUUUACACUAUCAUUGUGCCCAUGCUAAAUCCCCUCAUCUACAGUCUGAGAAAUAAGGAUGUCAAAAUUGCCUUUAGAAAAGUGAUAGGAAGAACAUUCUAG